GGUCUUUUGAACUGAACUGAGUUGUACUGUGACGCUGGGUGUUUGGCAGGGAUGGGUUGCAGGGCCACAACAAUGGCAAGCGACGCUAAACUUAUCGAGAAAUAACCAGCCAAGAUAAGAUAAGGCCAUCAAUGGAAAAUGCUAUGGAUGGAAUGAAUGAAUGGCUCUUAGGUAUUGGAAUGGCUGAACCGAACAUUAGUAUUGAUUAUAUUUCCCCAGCAGGUGGAGGAGGCCACUACAGAGUACCGGCCACACAGAGGCGCAAAAAGACGAACAAGCAGAAGCAUAAACGUAACUCAACUUAAACGGCACACUUUUAUCGGAAUUGCGUGAAUAAAAAAGUUAAUCAAAGAACGAACAAAAAGACAGCACUAAAAUUGAAUCAUCCCCCAGUUAUGGUGACUAAGUCCAAAAUGGAAUUAUGCCUGAUGGUGGUGGCGGUGGCGGUGAUGGCCUUGGGUAUGGCUUCCGGAGAGGCUUUGGAUUUUAGCGAGUACAUUGAGGUGGAAAGGUUCUGCUAUCCCGAACAACACAAGAACACUCGCAAGUCCUGCGAAUGCAUUAACGAAAAUUCCCCACCCUGGGGUUUGCGUGUGGUGCAUAUUGACUGCAGUUUCAAGAAUCUCAACACUGAGGACUUUUCCGAAAUGUUGCCCUUGUAUGCCGAUCGUGUCGACCUAACCUGGAACUCGUUGCGACGAGUGCCCAUGCUUUCCAGUGACACGCUGCGCUUGCUGAAUUUAAUGCACAACAAUAUUUCCUCGCUUUCGAGUCGCAACUUCAUCAACGUGGGCAAUUUACAGGAGCUAUAUCUGGGCUGGAAUAGCAUUCAAUCCAUUGAAGCAAACGCCUUUGAGGGUCUGGGCUAUCUGCUGGUGCUUGACUUGUCCCACAACAACCUGCACCAGUUGAGUUUCCAGAUCUUUUCACCCCUCAAAACAUUGGAGUCUCUUUCCUUGUCCUGGAAUCGUCAGCUGAACCAAAGCGAAGGCAUUCAGGAAUUGGAUUUCUAUCAGAACUAUGGGCUCAACGUCAAGCUAAGGGCGCUCAAAUUGGAGGCCUGCAACUUGGCCAAUCUGACGUUGCCACAGCAAGUUGUGCUCAAGGAAUUAGAUCUGAGACGUAAUGGGCUAACAGAAGUUCCCGAACAUUUGCCAUCCUCCUUGGAAAAAAUCGAUUUGAGCGAAAACCUCUUUCUGACCCUCAGCGAGAAUGACAGCAAGCGUUUGAUGCAAAUCCAUGAACUUUAUAUGGAGGAUAUGCCCCGUCUGCACACCCUUGAGGAGAAUGCCUUUGUGCCACUGCACUCGUUGGAGAAGGUCAGCUUUCAGAAUAGUCGCGGUCUGGCCACAGUACAUGGCCAUGCCUUUGGUGAGAAUGCCACCAGGCCCCCCCAUCUACACUCGAUGAUAUUUCGCGGUACUGGCCUGCGCACUUUCAAUGCCACUCUUGCUCCGGUAUUUUUCCAACUGUCCUCGCUGGAUCUACAAGGUAUGCAGCUACAUUGCAACUGCAAAUUAGUCUGGCUCAAAGAUCUGGCCUUGGAGACGAAUGGCCGCUGCUUUAAGCCCUCACGGCUGCGUGGCAUCCUCUUGACCUCGGCCGAUCCCAAUGCAUUCAGCUGUGAACGUUGGCCCCGUUGGGUGUAUGGCCUAAUCAUCUUGGCUUUGAUAGUUCUCUGCUCGGUUUGUAUCUACUGGAUUGUGAUGUGUCUAAGGCCGUACGGAAAGGUGACAAUGCGACGCAAGGUGGGGCCCGGCAGUCCAUAUUCUCGAGUAACGAUUAUGCCGAAUCGUCAGGAGUAUUACUAAUUGUUAUUGUAUUCAGCCAUUAUAAAAACACACACAAUCUAUAGUACAUAAAUAAAUUUAGCUUUAAGUGUUUGUGCAUUAUCUUCUUUCUACUUGA